CGAUGGAUGGUUUGUUUCGAAGCGUGUUGUAGUGUCUUCGCAGUCGUGAUUUCAAGAAACUUUCCAAUUUUUCUUACGUCUUAUCGUGAUUCCAUUAUUCUAUUGAGUAUAUGAACGAGAACUCAUUCAUAAUCUGAAACGCGCGGGAGUGAUAAAUCUCGGAGCAUAAUCGUGUAUUGUGGUGGGCACUUUUUGCCGAAGAAUAAUGGCCGAUAUAGAUGGAAAAAAGCUGACCGAACUUCGAGUUAUAGAUCUAAAAACGGAACUCGAACGACGCGGAUUGGAUAAAAGUGGCAAUAAAGCGGCACUCCUAGAGCGUCUUUCCAAUUCCAUAUCUGACGAAGGGGAAAAUCCUGAUGAGUAUCUCAUUGUACCAUGUGGAGGAGUAUGUAAAGUGAGCCCUAGGAAGAAUAGUGUGACUGGUACAACCAAUCCAGAGGAGCCAGCAGAAACUAUAGAUAACCAAAAAAAAGAUGCUAUAGACGUGUCGGAUGCUAUCGAAAUGAAAGUGAAGGUGGAAACAAAUGUUGUAGAAAAGGAAACAUCACCUAAAACAGAGGAACCUCAGAGCGAGGUUCAGAAUAAUGCCAGCACAGAAACAGAGUCCAAGCAGGAGUUGAAGGUUCAGACGAAUAAAGUCAGCGCCGAGAAUACACAGGCAGUUGAAGUGAAAGUCGAAUCUGAGGCAGUGACUGUAGUCAACGAACCUACAACUAAUGCAUCUUCAAGUAUCGAAGCUAAUGGCAUCGAUAACGAAGAUUCGAUUAAUUUGACUAUUGGAGAAGAUGAAGAAAAUCUCCUUGCCGAGGAGACCGAGUCUCACGAUAGGCACAAGGAUGGAGGAGAGAAGAAGAAAGUGGAAGAGAACAAGAAGGGAGAGUCUAAAGGGAGCGGUAGAGCGGAAGCCGGCGCCAACAGCAAGGAAGGGACCACAUCAGGCGCGAACGUUUUUUAAAAAAAAAAAAAAAAAAAAAAAAAAAAACCCACGGAGUCCGGUAACAAGGGUCAGAAACGGGACGACAAAGAGAAAAAGAAUUCUCAAGUCAGCCCUGUCAAUGCGAGCAGCAGAAACUUAUGGGUAUCCGGUUUGUCAUCGAGCACCCGUGCAACCGACCUGAAACAGAUAUUCUCGAAAUACGGGAAGGUGAUCGGCGCGAAAGUGGUGACGAAUGCGCGAACGCCUGGCGCAAGGUGUUAUGGAUAUGUGACCAUGUCGACCAGCGAGGACGCGGCGAAAUGUAUCCAGCAUUUACACAAAACGGAACUUCACGGACGCGUGAUAUCCGUCGAAAAGGCGAAAGGCGAUACCCAACAGAGUCACAUGCGUAAGCGGGACACCGCGAACGGCAAGUCCGAGAAGAAAGAAGAAAAGGAGAAAGUGAAGGAUAAUCACGACGUGACCGAGCGGAAGGAUAAAGAAGCAAAAAAGGAGAACGACGAGAAGGGAACGGAAGCAAAACCAUUUAAAUGUGCGGCAGCGAAAAAAUCGGACGAGAAGUCCGAGACGGGCGGUGAUACGAAGAAAACCGAGGCCCAAGAGAAAAAGGAGGACGCCGCGAAGGAAUCGGACGCCCGAUCGACCAAAUCGACCAGCAAGAAACCGGAGAGCGAGAGAGGAAGACGGGACGAGAAGAGGAUCCGUUCGUGGGAUCACCAUCGUUCCCACACACGAUCGCGUAGCCGCGAACGACGAAGACGCGACGACGUACUAACGUUCGCGAAGAUCAGGGAGGAACGGGAGAGGCAAAGAUUGCGCGAAAAAGGGCGAAUGCUACGGGAGGAGGAACGCAGACGGCGGGAGGAGAUGGAGCGGCAACGGGAGAUCGAGCGUAGACAGAGGGAAGAGGCGGCACGAUUGGAAAGGGAACGGGAGAAGUUGCGCAGGGAACGGGAACGAAUUGAGCAGGAGAAGGCGGAACUGCUGCGACUCGAGCGGGAACGUCAGAAGCUCGAGAGGGAGAAGCUGGAACGCGAGAGGCUGGAACUGAAGCGGCAACAGAUGCGAUUAGAGGAGAGCAGACGGGCACCGCCGCCGCCGUCGAUCAAACGAUCGUCGAGCGACAGAAGGGAUCCAAGGGAUAUGUACGUGGAGUCCGAUAGAAAACGUAUGGCGACCGAGCAUAGCCGUAGACACAGCCCCGAUCGUGUUACCGAUCGACGUAGCGAAAUUUUGGAUCGGGUCUCGGACAGGCGACUGGACACGUCGCCGCCGCCUGCUCGUUACGAAUCCAGCAGAUCGACGCAAGAGUUGGGAUUAAAGAAGGAAUUCAAACGCAGCAGCGAUUUCACGUCACGAAGCAGUCGUCCGGAAAGUUUCUCCGACGUGUCCCGCGGAAGAGAAGUUAUAGUCCGCCGAGAACCGCUGAGCACAACGUCCUCGUCCAUCGAUCCACGACAGGUCAAGGAAAGCAGAUACGAACGUCCUAGCACGACCACUUAUACCCGUGAACGUGAAGUUCGACGCUCCGAACCGGAAACGCACAGAAGCUCCAGGGAAACUCACACGCGAUACAGCGAAGGCUUCAAACCUACUGGUUCGAGCACGCCACGUGACAGCCGCUACGUGGAGAGCAACAGAACGACCAGCAGCUGGCACUCGGGACCACCAUCCACGAAGUCGUUCAAUUCCGUGCCGAGCAGUAGUGGGACUCGCGAUCCACGGAACGAACCAUCCAGUUGGAGUUCUAGAUCAUCGGACAAUGUGAACAGAUGGAGUAAUUCAAGCAGCAUGGGAAACACGUUGCGUCACCCAGUACCACCGACAUACCAAAGUGGUCCUAUCCAGUCGAUGGGAUUGACAGCGCCUGGAACCGCACCGUCGUACGAUCGUUUCGACCCGUACAAGUCGUCUAUGCCGAGCAUGAGAAAAUACUGAUCCUCUCUAAUAACUGAUACGGGCUACCGCAACAAGUGAUACCCCCACCAGUCCACCAUGAUGACGCGUGACAACCGCGUUAUUUGUAUUUACGUUGAAUCACACACAUUUCCAGCAGCAGCAGCAGUAGGCGCAGUUUAUCGUUCGUGCAGUCGCGAUUAGUCUCCCGUUCAUACGACGACUACCGUGUAACUUUGAAAAACCUUCAAUUCUUGAUCGGGGUGAACAGUUCCAUUUUUUUUUCUUUU